AAGCGAGUCAUUGAUUCUUUUUUUUUUGACAUGUCACAGGUGCCCAUUCCACACGAAAGAAUUACGUAUGAAAGCAAAAACGUUUACAUUGGAGGAAAUAUAAGGUUUGGUGCGGCAAAUGUACAAUCAGGUCCUACAGUUUUGGAUACAAGCACAACAAAUGGGCUAAAAUGUACAUGGUCCGGAGAAAUUGUAAACAACAAUAGUCAAAUUAACUUCACAUGGAAGUUCGAGUACGACGAGGCUGGAAAUGAGGAUAUUGACGAGAUCGCUGGGACGAUAGACGUGAAGUUUCGCCGCAAUCAAGUUUCUGGAAUGUUCCAAACGGGCCAAAACCAAAAUUUUACAACAGUCCACACGCUUGUCAGUCUGACAGAGCAUUGUCAAACACUGACAAAACUGGUUGAGGUCCCAAAUCAACCAGGUGCAGUUGAAGUUAUGUAUGUGUAUGCGCUUGUUCCAUGGAUAAACCCGCUGCAAUUCUCCUUUGACGAGAUGUUUCUUUCAUCCAAGAAAAACGACGCGGUUUUGGUGAUCGGGGAACGGAAGUUGCAUGUUAAUAAAGCCUUCCUUUCCUACCACUCGGACUACUUUCGUGCUCUGUUUUCAUCCAAUUUCAAGGAAGAUAAACAGGAUGAGAUUGAGCUUAAGGAUGUGGUCUACGAGGAUUUUGGACUACUGAUGACCACGAUUUAUCCGAAAACAGAGUUUCCUAGUGACCGAACUGCGGAGAAAAUCCUAGAAAUGGCAGAUCGUUUCAUGGUGCAAUCCGCCAUUGAUCAUGUUGAGUACCAUUUGCUUCACAAUUCACGUAUCACGAAUGAGAGUAUGAUGUGGAUGGCUGACAAGUAUGGAAUGGAAAAGCUUAUGAAAAAGUCUAUUCUGAAAAUGGAUUCACUGGAGAAAGCAAAAAAACUGAAGGAAUCUCCAUGGUUCCCGAGUAUGUCUCAUGAUGCGAAGGUUAUAGUUUUGGAACGGCUUAUGAACUUGAUUUGAGUUUUUGUUUGAAUAAAACUGUUUUAUUGUUGCCUUCGACUGGUGGGGCACUAUCGAGACUUUUUUACGGUGACAGGACGUCUUCUCUACAAUAAACAAAGUUGCGU